UCCACUGUACACUUGUACAGUUUCUCGCUGUCGUUUUAAGAUUAGUCCUUAUCUGUGGGGGAGAAAAAAAGCACGAAACGGCUGUAAAAGAUGAUUGGUGUAGUUUUUUGAUUUAUUUCAAAAUUAAUUUAAAAACGAAAGUACCAAUUCGAAAUAGUGUCAAAGAAUAAAUUUAAAAACAAAAAACAAACAUGCAUCGUGCAAGAGUAAUACUUCAGGCGUCAAAUAAAAUAGGCAAUUCAGAAAGAUUUGCAUCAUGGCUUCUCAACAAACCACAGGCUGCAGCCAUGACAGUUCAGGCCAAUCGAUUGAAGAGUUCUACGGCGGCGGAACCUUUCCUCAACGGAUCGAGCUCAGCUUACGUCGAGACUAUGUACAACGCCUGGUUGACGGACCCCAACUCCGUACACGCUUCGUGGGACGCAUUCUUCCGCAAUGCGACUAACGGCGCCCAGCCCGGCGUUGCCUACACGCCUCCGCCAAAUCUGGCGCCCUAUUCUAAGAACGAAGUGCCGCUGACGUCGCUCGUCCCGGCGUCCGGCGGCAUGCCCUCCAUCGCAGCCGGCUCCCCCAUCAAUGAAAAGAUCAUCGACGACCACCUCGCUGUCCAGGCCAUCAUCAGGAGUUACCAGUCGCGCGGGCACCUGGUGGCGCGCCUCGACCCGCUCGGCAUCAGCACGGGCGACCCGGCGUCCAGCGGCGACUGGCACGGCGGGCUGCGCGCCUUCGCCAGCGAGGUGGUCAUUAGGCAGCACGUGCGGUUCGAUGAAGCCGAUAUGGAUAGGGUGUUCAAGUUACCCUCCACCACAUUUAUUGGUGAAAAGGAGAAAGCAUUACCCCUCAGAGAGAUUCUGAAUCGUCUCGAGGAGGCGUACUGCAACAACAUCGGUAUAGAGUUCAUGUUCAUCAAUUCUCUGGAACAAUGUAACUGGAUCAGGCAGCGAAUGGAGCCCCCCAAUGUCACCAAGAUGAGCCCCGACCAGAAGAGAUUGAUCCUGGCUCGUCUCACGAGAUCCACCGGAUUUGAGAACUUCCUUGCAAAGAAAUGGUCGUCGGAGAAGCGGUUCGGCUUAGAGGGCUGCGAGAUCCUGAUUCCUGCCAUGAAACAAGUCAUCGACACGUCGACGCGACUCGGCGUAGAGUCUAUCAUCAUGGGGAUGCCUCACCGAGGUCGCCUGAACGUGCUGGCCAACGUGUGCCGCAAGCCGCUGCACCAGCUGUUCACGCAGUUCGCCGGCCUGGAGGCGGAGGAUGACGGCUCCGGCGACGUCAAGUACCACCUGGGCACCUACAUCGAGCGCCUCAACCGCGUCACCAACAAGAACAUCCGCCUGGCCGUCUGCGCCAACCCGUCGCACCUGGAGGCCGUGGACCCCGUGGUGCAGGGCAAGACCCGCGCCGAGCAGUUCUACCGCGGUGACAACGAGGGCAAGAAGGUCAUGUCCAUCCUGCUGCACGGCGACGCCGCCUUCGCGGGCCAGGGCGUGGUGUUCGAGACCAUGCACCUGUCGGACCUGCCGGCCUACACCACGCACGGCACGGUGCACAUCGUGGUCAACAACCAGAUCGGCUUCACCACGGACCCCCGCCACAGCCGCUCGUCCGCCUACUGCACGGACGUGGCCCGCGUGGUCAACGCGCCCAUCUUCCACGUCAACGGCGACAGCCCCGAGGCCGUCAUGCACGUGUGCAACGUGGCCGCCGAGUGGCGCGCCACCUUCCACAAGGACGUGGUCAUCGACAUCGUCAGCUACCGCCGCAACGGCCACAACGAGGUGGACGAGCCCAUGUUCACGCAGCCGCUCAUGUACCAGAAGAUCCGCAAGACCAAGCCCGUGCUGGAGAUCUACGCUGACCGCCUGAUCGCCGAGGGCGUGGUCACCGCCGAGGAGGUCAAGGACGUCAAGGACAAGUACGAGAAGAUCUGCGAGGACGCCUACAACCAGGCCAAGCAGGAGACGCACAUCAAGUACAAGGACUGGCUCGACUCGCCCUGGUCCGGCUUCUUCGAGGGCAAGGACCCGCUCAAGAUGUCCCCCACCGGCGUGGUCGAGGAGACGCUGGUCCACAUCGGCAAGCGUUUCUCGUCGCCACCUCCAAAUGCGGCCGAGUUCGAGAUCCACAAGGGUCUGCUGCGUAUCCUCAAAGCUCGCAUGGAAAUGGUCGAGAACCGUACCGUAGACUGGGCUCUGGCUGAGGCCAUGGCGUUCGGAUCACUCCUAAAGGAGGGCAUUCACGUCCGUCUGUCCGGAGAGGACGUAGAAAGAGGAACAUUCUCACACAGGCAUCACGUGCUCCACCACCAGAAGGUGGACAAGGCGACGUACUGCCCGCUGGCUCACCUGUACCCCGACCAGGCGCCCUACACUGUGUGCAACAGCUCGCUGUCGGAAUACGGCGUGCUGGGCUUCGAGGUGGGCUACUCGGUGACCAACCCCAACGCGCUGGUGCUGUGGGAGGCGCAGUUCGGCGACUUCAACAACGUGGCGCAGUGCAUCAUCGACCAGUUCAUCUCCAGCGGGCAGGCCAAGUGGGUGCGCCAGUCCGGCAUCGUGCUGCUGCAGCCGCACGGCAUGGAGGGCAUGGGCCCCGAGCACUCGUCGGCGCGCCUGGAGCGCUUCUUGCAGAUGAGCGCCGACGACCCCGACUACAUGCCGCCCGAGAGCCCCGACUACGAGGUGCGGCAGCUGCACGACUGCAACUGGGUGGUGGCCAACUGCUCGACUCCCGCGUCGCUGUUCCACAUCCUGCGGCGCCAGAUCGCGCUGCCCUUCCGCAAGCCGCUCAUCCUCAUGACGCCCAAGUCGCUGCUGCGCCACCCGGAGUGCAAGUCCUCCUUCGACGACAUGCGCGACGGAACCGCCUUCAAGAGACUGAUCCCCGAGGAGGGCCCGGCGGCCGACAACGCCGCCAACGUGCGCAAGGUGGCGUUCUGCUCCGGCCGGGUGUACUACGACCUGCUCAAGCAGCGCCGCGACCGCGGCCUCGAGAAGGACAUCGCCAUCGUCAGGUUGGAGCAGAUCUCGCCGUUCCCGUACGACCUGAUCAAGGCUGAGAUCGCCAAGUACCCGAACGCGCAGCUGGUGUGGAGCCAGGAGGAGCACAAGAACAUGGGCGCCUGGAGCUACGUGGAGCCCCGCUUCCGCACGCUGCUGCAGAACCAGAAGCAGAUCAGGCCUCAGUCGCGAUCGCAAUCGGUCGGUUGGCUUAGCCAGCUGUUCGGGCGCGCUGACGGCCCCCAAACCGAGCAACCACAAACUGAGACCGUCCCACGUACUAUUAGCUACAACGGGCGCGCCACGGCGGCGUCGCCGGCCACGGGCUCCAAGGCGGCGCACACCAAGGAGCUGCGCAACCUGCUCGACGAGUUCUGCGUGCUGUGAGGCCCGCCGCGGAAUGCAUCAGCUUAUAUUUUUUUAUUUUCGUCGUAAAUGUCAGUAUUUUAAAACAAUUCUCUUUACCGUUAGUUAGAGCGCUUAGAUGAAUUCUAAUUUAUUUAUUGAUCGUAGGGUGGGCCGGUCGGUGGGCCGGUCGGUGGCCCCGUUUAUGUUUAACGUUACCCGUAGUGUCUCCGGAGUUGUAAAUAAAUCCGAACGUUAAUUUGUAAAGAGCGCGCCCGCCCCGUCGACUCGGUCGUCGAUGGCGGGUCGCGUCUGCUCCCCGGUCCGAGACGACCCGCUAUUUAUUGAAUAUGGAUAAUUAUAAAUGAUCGAGUAGCUCGAAGUAUUCGAACACCUGCAGUAGCUUAGAGGUACCGGCACAGUCAAAAGAUAUUUAAAUAGAUAUUAUUCGUAGUUUAGUCUCGUAGUUACCACAUGUAAGGACUAACACCAAACCGACGUACUAUCGUACCGCGUAGAGGACUGUUCGCAGUUUAACUGUCGCUGAUGUCUAAUUUGUAAUUCGAUCCGAAGCUUUGUAAGUCGCGUGUAUUAUAUGCACUAUUGUUGUUAAAAUAAUUUUGAUCUUAUAUUUUUGAACUCGCUCAGGAUUGAAGGGGAAAGCGUGAUAGGGAAUGAAGAAUGUUGCGUGACAGGGACAGGUUUGGCAGGCAGCCUGAGCUAUUUAUUGCUACGUUAAUUUGAUCUAGUUACUUUACAAUAAAUAUAUAUUCAGUAAA